AUCUGCAAUUUGCAGUGAUAGUGAAUACAUGGAACGCCACGAGAUAAAUGGAUGGUAUAACAAUAGAGCAGAUCCAAAGAUUGGAUCAUAUGAAACUCGACUUCUUCGUCGUCUACCAGUCGGAUACCCGGAUGGAUCAUACUCACCGGCCGGUCCUAACAGACCAAAUCCCCUCACAAUCAGUAACUUACUCAUGAAAGGAAAUUCGGGUAUCCGAUCUCAGAGUUCAAAAACAGCUCUUCUUGCAUUCUUUGCACAACAUGUGAUGCAUGAAAUCGUGGAUGGGUCGACGACCGGAUGUCCUGUUGAAUGGAUGAAUAUGGACAUCCCUGAGGAACUCCAAUCUAUGUAUGAUGGGGCAAAGAUAAUGCCUUACAGGAGAGACCUCUAUGACCCGGACACUGGGCAGUCAUCGGCGAUACCUCGAGAACAGAUGAAUAUUUUAACCCCAUGGAUUGACGGGACUGGUAUAUACGGUCCAAACAGAGUUUGGGAAUCCGAAAUGAGAGCAUACGAGAGCGGGAGGCUGAAGGGAGAGUUGAGAAAGCAAGAAGGAAAAGAAGAUGAAGAAUUCCCGGCUCGAAACUAUGCCGGAUUUCCUCUCACAAACCACGCCCCUGCCAAGGAUCACGAAGUCUACGACGCAGAAAGGCUUUUCCUUGUUGGUAACCCCCAUAGCAACGAGAACCCCGCACUCUUGUCAAUCAGUGUCUUAUUCUGGCGCUGGCAUAAUGUAUGGGCUGAUCAAGUCACGGACGAGUGCACAAAUCACACGAGGGAUGACGUCAUAUACGACAUUGCUAAGAAAUGGGUAACAGCCACAUACCAGAAAAUCGUGUUCUAUGACUUUCUACCUGCCUUUUUGGGCAUGGAUCCAAGUAAAAUGGACGAAUAUAAUUACACAGGUUACAAACCGUAUCUCAACCCUGGUGUCUCGAACGAGUUUGAGGCCACAGCCAUGAGGUAUCUCCAAACUCUGAUACCGCCAGGGAUCGCACUCAGGAAGAAUAAUAAUGGUUCGUGUGAAGUUGAAGUGACGGAGGAUGGCUACCCUGGGCUUCGAUUAUGCAAUACGUUCUGGGAUGGAAACUCCUUUCUUCUGAAGUAUGGAUUGGACGACAUCAUUCUCGGAAUCGCAUCCCAGUGGGCGGAAGAAGAUGAUAAUAUCGUGGUUGAAGAUCUCCAAGGCUAUUUCUAUGGGCCAAUUUACGGUUUCACUCGUAGUGACCAUGUGGCCAACACAAUACAACAUGGGAGGGACCAUGGACUACCGGAUUACAACACGGCGAGAAGGGCACUGGGACUACAGCCCCUAAAUAUUACACAACUGAGGGAAAGGUGUGAAAGCCAAAACUGUAAAAUUUCUGAUGAGGUAUUCGAUAACUUGACGGUCUUGUACGAUGGACGUGAUGAUGAUAUUGAUAUGUUUGUCGGUGGAAUGCUGGAAACCACUAGCGGCGGUCCAGGAGAACUCUUCACGCAUCUCAUUCUAGAUCAAUUUCUUCGAAUCCGGGAUGCGGAUAGAUUCUGGUUUGAAAAUAAAGACAAUGGAUUAUUUACUGAAGAUGAGAUUGAAUAUAUUCGAUCUGUAACCCUUUGGGAUGUUAUCAUCAAUACAACAGAAAUACCGGAUACAAUGUUACAGAAAGAUCCUUUCAAAUUCACUGCAAACGAUCCUUGUUUUUCGAAUGUCGAGAAUGCAUCUUUGAAAGAUAAAGAUUUAGAACCCUGUGUGCCUCUCAUCAUAUACGACUAUUUCACCGGGAGCAAGAUCUCCUACGCCCUGACCUUCGCUUUGCUAUUUCUGUUCAUUGUCGGAUGUGUUUUGGCAUUGUACAUCAUCGCAACAGCGCGCACGCGCAGGAUAGAAGAAACCAAAAGAGCUAUUCAUAAAUCUUCGAGAAAACAACAUCCACAGGACACACAAUCAUAUCUCGCGAAUGAAUGGUCUGGAUUUGAUGAGCCUGGGAAGGAGAUAGAAGUAUGUCUUGGUCCCAAUGAAUUUAUUCGAGUGAUGGGACAAAGAGGAUCAAAACUUCAUAGAAGCAUUGAUGUAGGUCACCCUCAGAGAAUUACCAUCUUCAUGAGCUCAGAUUCAAAGCAGAGAUACAUCCUGGUCAAGCUAGAGAAAGAGUACGACCUCGUUCUCAAGUUCCACCACGUCGACGAUCGUCUUGAGUUUGUAAGCGAUCUCCAAAGCUUCAUCGGAAGACAGCAGAAAGGAGUCGUGAUCGAACGUCGUGAACUCCGGGAGUACGACCUUCUUCGGAUGGCCGUUACUAAGCAACAACGACAGGCAGUUCUCGAGAAGUUCAUUCGACUUGCUCUCAAUUAUGAAGGUGAUAGUCCCGAGGAAUUGAUGGAAAGUAUCACCCAGUUGGAUGAUGGUCAAGCAGUCAUGGAAUGCGAACUCAGCAAGUACGAGUUUGGUGAACUCCUUACGCUCAAGCCCGACUCCCAGUUCGUUCAACUCAUGUUCGAGCUCGUCGACAAGGACGGUAGCGGAUCCAUCUCCUUCAGAGAGUUCCUUGAUGUCACUGUCAUCUUUGCGAAGGGUAAACCAGAGGACAAGAUCAAGCUGAUGUUCGAUAUGUAUGACGUAGAUAAUUCAGGGGCAUUGUCACGUGAUGAAUUCAAAAUCAUGCUCAGGUCGAUGUUGGAGACGAACAGCGCUACGUUGGAACAGGAGAAGAUGGAUGACGCCAUCGCAUCAAUGUUUAAGGAUGCUGGAUUCGAAGAGAAGGAAGAACUGACCUUGGAUGAUUUCAAUAUCUUAAUGGGAGACAACAAAGAGAGCUUCAGCAAGUCUACCAUUGGACUAGGAAAGAGCGCCCCUGGAGUCGGAAAGAACAAAAAUUCAGGGAGCAAGAAAUCACGAGAUGGAAGCAAAAAGAGCAAAGACGGAAACCGAGACAGCAAGACCGAAAAACGCAAUAUUAGGAGUGCUCUGUCAGGCUACGUGGGCCGUCGGUCGGCAAAGAAGAAGAAGUCUUCGGAUGUGAAGAUCCGUACGGUAGAAAAGAAUUACCAAGACAACAAAAUUGUCCGCUUCUAUAACGUUGUCACAAGCUACAUUGAAAACAACAAGUUGGAAAUCUUCUGGUUAUGUCUCUAUAUGUUGAUCAUGUGUGGUAUCUUUCUUCAGAAGUUCUUCCAAUAUCGAACCUUCACGGAACAUAAAGGCACCCGUCGAAUAACCAGUUGGGGCCUUCCUAUUACCCGUGGGGCUGCUGCGGCUCUGAUGUUCACAUAUUCUACUCUGCUCGUUACGGUCUCUCGCAACACCAUCACCAAACUAAGAGAGACUUUUCUCGCCCACUACGUCCCCUUUGAUGCCUACCUCAGCUUCCACAAGCUUGUGGCCUACACGUCAUUAGGCUGGUCAGUCCUUCAUUCUGUGGGGCACGGCGUGAAUUUCUACCAUCUUUCGACCCAAGCUGCCGAGGACAUGAAUUGUAUUCUUCCUGAUGUUUGGUUCAGAUCGCAUGUCUUCCCGAAGUUCCACCAUUGGGUCGGUACAACAGUCACAGGCGUGACUGCUGUCUUAUUGGUAAUGACAUGUACCAUCAUCUUCGUCUUCGCAACCCAGUACUCCAGACGUCGAGUAUUUCGUCUUUUCUGGAUGACCCAUCAGCUCUAUGUCUUAUACUUCAUCCUGAUGACCUUACAUGGCUCGGCCAGGCUCAUCCAACCGCUGUCCUUCUACUACUUCUGCCUUGGACCGGUCAUCCUGUUCACCCUCGAUAAGGUGGUCAGCAUCGGGCGAAGGAAGGUGGAGAUACCAGUCCACAAGGCGGACAUCCUCCCAUCAGAUGUGACCAAUCUGGUGUUCAAGCGACCGGAUAGCUUUGACUACAAGUCUGGCCAGUGGGUCCGGAUCGCGUGCACGGCCCUAGGGGGUAAUGAAUACCACCCCUUCACCCUGACAUCAGCUCCCCAUGAAGAGAACCUAUCUCUUCACAUCAGAGCUGUCGGACCGUGGACCAUGAAUCUCAGGUCUACCUAUGACAGCAAACAGGUUCUUGGUGAACCACUGCCAAAGAUCUAUCUGGAUGGCCCCUACGGCGAGGGACAUCAGGAUUGGUAUAAAUUCGAGGUAGCUAUCUUGGUUGGCGCAGGGAUAGGAGUCACACCAUUCGCUUCCAUUCUAAAAGAUAUUGUCAACAAGUCCACAAGCAACGCCAAGUUCCCAUGCAAGAAGGUGUAUUUCGUGUGGAUUACCCGGACUCAGAAACACUUUGAAUGGUUGACGGAUAUCAUCAAAGAUGUAGAGGAUCAUGAUACCAAUGACAUGGUAUCAGUUCAUAUCUUCAUCACCCAGUUCUUCCAAGAGUUUGAUCUUCGUACCACAAUGCUGUACAUCUGUGAGCAAAACUUCUACAAGGUGUCCAGUCGAUCGCUCUUUACUGGUCUCCGAUCGGUAACCCAUUUCGGCAGACCGGAGUUUUAUACCAUGCUUGAUUCAAUUCGCCAGAAUCACACCGACGUAAAGAAAUUCGGUAUUUUCAGCUGCGGACCCCUUGGUAUCAACAAAGCUCUUGGUGUGUCCGUCGCCGAAAUCAGGAAAGAGAAUGCCGGCGUCAUCUUCGAGCUCCACAACGAGACAUUUUAAUGCGUCGUCGUCGAUGUUGGUUGUCAUCAUGAACGAAUGUGUAUGAAGAUGUGGUUUUUGCAUGACAACAGUUGCUUGAUGUUAUUCAGCGUUGAGGACCAUCCACAAUCUUAAACAAGGAUAAUAGUUUGAAGAGAGAUGGAAAAAACGAAGGAGAGAAAGAGAGGGGUGAAAGAUAGGUGGAAGAUAAUAAUGAUGUUUUCACUUUGGGAACGAUAAACUCUCGAUAUGGCGUUUGAUGAUGAAUCUUAAACUAUUUCAUAAAAUGGCCAUCAUGCUAUUUGACUCAAAAUGCUUUUCAAAAAUGCUUUGUAUAUUUCUGUAUCUUGUUUAAAUUUUGGAAGAAUGAGGAAGUAUGUUUGAUUUCUACCCCUUUUUUGUCGUAUGUUAAAAACAUAAAAAACAAGAUUUCCCAUUCGAAAUAGAUUUUGGAUACUUUUGUUGGUUACUCAUAUAGGACGUUUUUCUUAAGCACAUGUAUAUCCGAUUAAUCUCGGUGGCAAUUUUCAACAGAUAAAAAGAGCAAAUAUGGGAAUUUCGUCUGAUUUUAUGAUUACACGAUGUUGAGUAACAGGAUUCUUCAAAACUAAUGCUAAAUGAAUUAUGUAUCAAAAAAAAUAAGGUACACCACGAUGAGAUCUAUAUAGAGGAGGUGAAACCGGGGCUGAUGGGGCUUUAGCUGCCCCUCUCCACUCUUUUCAGUAAACGUGUGCAUAAACAUUAAAAAAUACCACUUUAUUUUGAUUUUUUGCAUGGUCUGCCCCUCCUAAAAAAAAAAAAAAACUUUCGCCUAAGUCCCCCACUUUCAGACCCAUUCCGCGACCUCGGUAUCUAUAUUGAAAUUCAACCGGGACAUUAUGUCCAGAUGAGCGCAUUUCUAGAUCAGAACCACUGAUCUGUAUAUUUAUCAGCUUAUGAGAUCAAGGAUCAGAUCGCACCUUUUCUGUCUAAAAUGCAAAACAUAGUCUGACUUAUGUUAGAUGGCGCUAGUUGACUUUUUUUUUGUUUAUUCCGGUCGAUCCAUAUUACGUGACACUUCACCCGACACUUAAUGAAGACGUAUAGCUAAUUUUGUACAGUUGAUUCGCUUUGCAUGUUUUUCAGAUUUGCACAUUUAUGUGUAAAUUUGUAGAAUUUAUCAUAGUAAAAUAUGUAAUUGAGUAUAUGAACAUAAUAAAAGCCCAAGGAGGUGCCGUGGCCGAGUGGUUUAUGGCCUCGGCGAGACAUAUGAAAGUCCGGGGUUCGAUUCCCGUCCAUGGCCCAUCUGGCUAUGAGGAAGACAAUUUAUAAUCAACAGUGCUCUUUUAUUCUUGUUGUGGGGAAUUUUUUAAAGAACAGCUCAUAUCUUGGUCAUAGUGAAUAGUAAUGACAUAUUGUUGCUAUAUACCGUUCAUUGGUCCAUCUAAUGUGGAACGUAUAUCCCGGAAUUCCAUAUACAAGUUCCCCAAAUUGAUGAAGAAAAAAAAUGACAAAAAUCCUCAUUGUAUAAACAAAAUGAUUUUAUUUUUCUGGUUUACUAGAAAUGAACUAUUAUGUAAUUGGAAUGUGUUUAUAUCCAUAUACUCUAUUAUUUAAUGAUUAUUGUUGAUUUUUGCGUUUUGAUGAAAAUGAAGAACUACUAGUACACUUUCAACACGGUAUGAUUAAAUCUGCAUUGUUGUCUUAUCGAAUGUGUACUUUUGAGGACACUCUUAAAAUUUAUAUUAUCAAAAUUCAGCUUUCUUGUAAAAAUGUGUGUAUGCCUUAUUUGACAGCAAACUGUUCGUCUCAAAGAUAAAUUAUAUUAAGCGACCUGUGAUAUUAAAGGUAUCUGUUUAAAAUAAAUAUGGAUAGUAUACUAAUUGUGAAAUAGGUCAUACACUUGAAAUGAAAGUCUUGCAUGUGAAAUGCAGAUCAAUGUCUGUUUACAGUUACUUAACUUUUAUCAAGCGAUAUAAAUUGGUGUUUGGGUGUAUGUGGGUGCGUGGAGAGUGGAAACACUCGAUCCUUUCUUUUUAUAUUCUAACUUCAUUCAGUUUUAUUAAUCAUUAAGCAAUGGGAUAUGACUUUUUUUGUCUACUGGAACAUACCUUUGUCAAUUUUGAUUGCCUAUGAUUGGCUAAUUCUAUAUUUUAUGAAUGAAUUAACCGCCUGUAAUAUGAAUAUGUCAAAUACUAAGAUUUCUGUACAAUAUUUUAUGUAUUAUGAAUAAUCAUCUGCCUUUAUAAACUGUGAAAAAAAAUAAACUGAAAUGAAUCGAAAAGGUUUUCUUCUCUCAUAACGUCAUGAUGGAUGGCGCAUAAUGAAUAAUGUGUAAUGAAUAAUGCGUGUAUUAUCAUGUGUUAUUGAAGUAAUAUUGUAUAUAAGUUAUAGGAUAAAGUUUGAUUAUAAAGUCAGAACAGCUGACAUAUCUUUCCAACAGUACUUGUAUCUAUUUGAAGUAAGUAUGGAUAGUAUUCUAAUUCUGAAAUGGGUCAUACACUUGAAAUGCAAGUUUUGCAUGUGAAAUGCAUAUCAAUAUCUAUAAAUUGGACUACUACAUCAGCUGAAAUUAAUAGAAAAGAUUUACUUCUCUCUUUACGUCAUGUUAUGGGCAACAUUAAGUUAUUUUUAUCAGAUGGAUGGCGCGUAAUGAAUAAUGCGUGUAUUAUCUUGUGCACUUCACUUUUUACACUUUUUACACAUUUAUAUCAUUGUAAAAUGAUUAAUGAGAUGUUACUUGAAAUUCCGUUAGCAUGAUUAUGCAUGUAGAGUGGAACAAAAUGGACAUACCUUUCAUAUUUUGAUAUGAAUUAAUUCUAAUAUACAGUAAAACCUUCAUUUUUAAAAUAAAAACAUAUACAUGUAUCUGCCUUAGAAUUAUGUUAGAGUAUUUAUAUACAUUUACAUGAUAGACUUAUGUACUUGUAUAGAUAGGCGUACAAAUUUCUUUUAUUGUUUUCAUAGGAUCAGCUGCAAUAUGAUUUGUGUAUAUUAUGUAGACUGAAUUGUAUUUAAACUGCAAAUUAGAUAGUCUUAUCAAAAGAAAGCAAUACAUGUA